AUGGCAGGAAAGGCUACAAAGAAACAGGCCCAGUCUAACAAUGACAUCCUAAACAAUCUAUACAAAAUUUCAAUACCAAUUGUCUUCUUGGCGUACCUCCGUAUGUUUUUAUCAAAUUAUAACAACACUUGGAUCACAUUAACUCUAUUACAUCUACCAAUGUUCGCAUGUAUAUACAUAUUGGAUAAAUCAGGUAGACCAAUCUAUGAAAUUGAAGAAUCGACCAAUGGCCAAAAAUCAAAGAAAAAAUUGAUCAGACAAGGUAUGGAUUUAUCCCAAGAAGGUGGUUUGACCGAAUACAUGUUCGAUAUCAUCUAUUUAUCAUUAUUCAGUGAUUUUGGUAAAAUUCUAUUCAAUACAAAUAAAGUCUGGUAUAUUUCAUUGACUGUUAUACCAAUAUAUGUCGGCUAUAAAUUGUAUGGUUUAAAAAAUCAAUUCUUUGGGAAUAAGAACUUAAACCAAGGUGCUUCCUCCACCGAAACUACAAACGAUGCUGACAGUAAUAAUGCCAAAUCAAAAAGACAAUUGAAACGUGAAAAAAGAGGUGAUAAAGUUCAAGUUAAGUACAGGUAA